AUGCAGACGUCAACUUUCAGUGGCAAGCGCUAUUUCGUCACGUUCAUCGACGACAAGUCAAGAUACUGUGUCGUCUAUCUGCUCAAGAGCAAAUCUGAAGUUGCGGCGAAGUUCAUGGAAUAUGCUGCGAUGGCUGAAACGCAAACCGGAAAGCGCGUGAAGUACCUUCAAAGCGACAAUGGGGGUGAAUACAAGUCCAACAAGCUGGCACGAUUCUGCGCGGAACGGGGAAUACAACAAAGGUUCACAACCCCAUAUACUCCUCAGCUAAACGGAGUAGCUGAGAGAAUGAAUCGCACGCUGGUCGAGUGUGCGCGUUGCAUGAUGGAACACGCUGGACUGGGAAAGAGCUACUGGGGUGAAGCAGUGAUGACGGCGAUGUUUCUUCGAAACCGCUGUCCAACACGUGCCAUUCACCAAGACAAGUCUCCAUAUCAAGUGUGGACGAUGAAGAAACCGAUUCUGGCCAACCUUAAAGUGUUUGGAUGCCACGCGUAUGUUCAAGUGCCUCAAGACAAACGCGCGAAAAGUCAUAUCGAUUUGAGGGAAGUGUCAACAGGAGCGAUCAAGAUCAGUCGCGAUGCCACAUUCAUGGAAGACAAGUUUGAUGAAGGUCCGCGCAACUACAACGAUCAGUCAAGUGCCGUUGAGUUUGAUGAUCAAGACGAGGACGAAGAAAAAGAGAAGAAGGUAAAACUGACGUCGACAUGGACUCGAGCGACGAUGACAACGAAGACACCAGGUCUCUCGAAGAGCAACAUCAAGAGACACACGCGCACUCAAUCACUUGAGAAAGCUACCGUCAUUCCAAGUCCCAAGCGAAGAACGUACAGAGGUCCGUCGCUUGAGCAUGUGUCAGCGGCUGCAAUGGAUUUUGAAGCAGCCUACAUCGUUGAUUCAGUGGGGGAAACGCCGACUACAUUCAAGUCGGCGAUGGAAUCGAGCGACUCCGGCAAGUGGAAAGAAGCGUGUGACUCGGAGUUCGACUCGCUUCAGAGAAACGACACGUGGGAGAUCGUGCCUCUUCCGAAAGGUCGCAAGGCCAUCGGGUGCCGAUGGGUUUUUCGUGUAAAGGAGAAUCAAGAUGGCGAAGUUGAACGUUUCAAGGCAAGACUUGUGGCCAAAGGAUUCUCACAGAAAUUCGGAGUUGACUAUGAAGAAACUUUCGCACCGGUGGCCAAGUUCACAUCGAUUCGUGUGGUGCUCAGUAUGGCGGCUAAGUACGGCCUAAUGCUACAUCAGAUGGACGUCAAGACAGCGUUUCUUAACGGCUCCCUCAACGAAGACAUCUACAUGGACCAGCCGGACGGAUACCUGGAUGCAACACAGCCGGACUAUGUGUGCAAGCUAAAGAGAUCACUCUACGGCUUGAAGCAAUCGCCUCGCAUGUGGAACCAAACAAUCGAUGGGUUCAUGAUCAAGAUGGGAUUCAAGAAGUGCGAAUCGGACCACUGCAUCUACAUCAAGGAGACGACCAAGACAUGA